CAAGUCCCUGAUACAUAACCUUGAAAUUAACGGACACCUAACCUCACUAGUGGGACAGUUGUCAAAAGUUGAGCCCGAAAAGUUGAUUUGUACCUGCAAAAGAGCCCCUACCGAUAAUUGAUCGACAUGUUACCCACAUUAAGGGCAGCAGUGAACAGUCUGAAGGGGCCCUUGGGGCUGAGAAGCCUGCAGACCACGGCAAGUCGGGCGCAUGAUUCGCUGUUCGUUCACAGGGACACCCCCGAGGACAAUCCCGAUAUUCCCUUCGAAUUUAGCGCCGAUAACAAAAAGAGAGUGGAGGCGAUCUUGGCGAUUUAUCCGGAGGGGCACAAACGGGCGGCGAUGAUCCCGCUGCUGGAUCUGGCGCAGAGACAGUACGGAUGGCUGCCGAUUUCCGCCAUGCAUCACGUUGCCGACAUCCUAAAAUUGCCGAAAAUGCGCGUGUAUGAAGUCGCAACGUUUUACACGAUGUUCAUGAGAAAGCCAACAGGCAAGUACCAUUUGCAAGUAUGCACGACCACGCCAUGCUGGUUACGGGGCUCCAAUGAAAUUCUGGACACAAUCAAGAAGAAUCUGGGCCUAGAAGUGGGCGAGACCAGCAGCGAUAAACUGUUUACCAUAUCGGAAGUGGAAUGUUUGGGGGCUUGUGUGAACGCCCCAAUGGUGCAGAUCAAUGACGAUUACUAUGCCGCUCUAGUAUUGGAUUGUUUGCAGGAGGAUUUGACCGUGCAAGACACUGAGGAAAUUCUGGCUGAUUUGAAAGCCGGCAGGAAACCGAAGCCCGGUCCCAGGAGUGGAAGAUAUGCGGCAGAGCCUAUAGGCGAACCAACGUCUCUCAAGGGGGAACCGCCAGCGGCGGGCUUUGGAGUUAGGGCUGAUUUAUAGAGCGUGAGGGAAAGUGUUUAAUAAAGCUGGAGCCUGAGUGUAUACCGUUUUAAUAAAUAGCGAUAGCAACCGCUUA